CAGUGUAGGUCACACAUUUUUACUAAUAGAAGUCACAUAUAUGCAUUGAUGCACCGCUUCACGGUUUUGUGAUUUAAAGUAAAGAAUAGUGUUGGUGGUGGAUUUCACAGUUGUAAUCACGAACAACAAUACUCGGUGAGAUCAUUAUAAAAGUUUUCAUUGGUGUCUCGUGAGAUUAUAAGGGACACAGAGAAAUCGUAGAUCAAAGAGGGUUUCAAAGCUGUGUCUCUGAAAGUUGAAGGUAGGUAGACAUGGAUCAUCUACAACAUCAAGAGAUGGUAGACAUUGAGUCACAAACCGUGGAAAUCCCUGACAUACUCCACAAAGGAAAACGUCAAGUGAUUCUUAAGUUUGAUAACGUUGUGUAUAAAAUUAAGACCAAGAAAGGUGGAGUAUUUGUGAAGAACAAAGAGACAGAAGAGAAAGAGAUACUGAAGGGAGUGAAAGGUGUUGUUGAGCCUGGUGAAAUGCUAGCCAUGUUAGGUCCAUCUGGGAGUGGCAAAACAACUCUACUCACAGCAUUGGGAGGAAGGCUUAGAGGGAAGCUUUAUGGAAGCAUAACUUACAAUGGUGAAGCCUUCUCAAAUUCCAUGAAGAGGAACACUGGCUUUGUCACACAAGAUGAUGUUCUCUACCCUCACUUGACUGUGACUGAGACCCUAGUCUUCACUGCACUUCUCAGGUUGCCCAACACUAUCUCCAAAGAAGAGAAAGUUAAGAAAGCAAAAGAUGUUAUUGAUCAACUUGGUUUAACCAAGUGCAAGGAUAGCAUAGUUGGAAGCCCUUUCUUGAGGGGGGUUUCUGGGGGUGAGAGAAAGAGGGUUAGCAUUGGACAAGAAAUGCUCAUAAACCCAAGCUUGUUGUUUCUUGAUGAACCUACCUCUGGCCUAGACUCAACCACAGCACAAAGAAUUGUCUCAACUUUGUGGGAGCUUGCAUGUGGAGGAAGAACUAUUGUGAUGACUAUACACCAACCUUCAAGUAGACUUUACUACUUGUUUCAUAAGGUGUUGUUGCUAUCAGAAGGGAACUCAUUGUAUUUUGGAAAGGGAUCUGAAGCCAUUGAAUACUUCUCUAACAUUGGAUAUGCCCCAGCCUUGGCCAUGAACCCUGCAGACUUCCUUUUGGAUCUUGCAAACGGUAUCUACACUGAUGAAUCUAAUACGGAUCAUGCCAUAGAUAAACAAAAAUUGGUUUCGAUGUGUAAGAUAAACUGUGCUGCUCAAUUGAAGCCAGCAGCACUUGAAGGAAUCAAUGACUCUAGUAAAAGCCAGAAUAGAUUUCAAGAAAAGGGCUCCGAAAAAUGGCCUACCAGCUGGUCUCAGCAAUUCACUGUGUUGUUAAGAAGAGACAUCAAAGAGAGAAGGCAUGAAUCAUUCUCUGCUUUGCGGGUUGCUCAGGUCUUUGUGGUUGCUCUUAUUUCAGGACUACUGUGGUAUAAGUCUGAUAUCUCACACUUACAGGAUCAGAUUGGGCUUCUAUUCUUCAUAUCCGGCUUUUGGGGUUUCUUCCCUCUCUUUCAAGCAAUUUUCACCUUUCCCCAAGAGCUAUUGAUGCUAGAGAAAGAAAGAUCUUCUGGAAUGUACCGGCUUUCAUCAUACUUUAUGUCAAGGGUGGUAGCUGACCUUCCCAUGGAACUUAGUCUUCCCACCAUAUUUAUUCUCAUAACCUAUUGGAUGGCAGGGUUGAAAGGCAAACUGCUCAACUUCUUAUACACAUUGCUCACCCUCUUACUCCACGUCUUAGUCUCACAAGGCCUUGGCCUCGCCCUCGGCGCUACUGUGAUGGACCAAAAAGCUGCAACCACACUUGCCUCAGUGCUCAUGCUGUGUUUCUUGCUUGCUGGUGGUUUUUAUGUUCAGCAUGUUCCAGUGUUUAUUUCAUGGGUGAAGUACAUUUCCAUCAACUACUACAACUACCAGCUCUUUAUCGCGUCUCAAUAUAGCGAUGGCGAGGCAUACCCUUGUUCUACUGGCCAGUGUCAAGUUGCCGAAUUUCCUUCUAUAAAGCAAACAGGGUUUCAUUUCAAUCUGCAAGAGCAAGUCAUGGCUGCAUCAGCUCUUGUGAUAAUGAUGAUAGGUUACAGACUUAUAGCCUAUGUUGCUCUCAUGAGGAUUGGAGUGACAAAGAAAUAGAUAGACUAGUGUUCUUAAAUUAGAAGGAAAUAAGAUUUUGAUUUUAUUCAAUAGUAGGUUACAGACUUAUAGUACUUAAGUAAGAUUUUGAUGUUCUUCAAUAGAAAAUGUUUUAUUCUAAUUCUGUGGUGUGGAACAUUGCUUCACGCGCAAGGGAACUAGCUAGUUAAUGUGAAACUUCUGGUGCAGAAUAGUGUGUGUUUGAUUUAAGCAAUUUCAUAUAUUGAAUCUGUUGAUUGAAA